GCCCGGGGCCCGGCCCCGCGGCCGCGCCCGCCCCUCAGCGCAGCGCCCCGGCCGCUCCCGCCAUGCGGGUCUGGGUGCUCCUCAGCCUGCCGCUGCUGCUGCUGCUGCUGCUGCAGGAAGCGCUGCCACACGUUAUUGGACAGCCUGGGAAGAGUAAGCGUCCAAAAGAACACGGGGAAAACAAGGUUUUUAACAAAAAAGUAAAACCCAAAACUCCCAAAAUGAAGGAGAGAGAAUCUGCUGACUCCUCUUUGAAGUCCCAGUCCAUACUGACACAGGUGAUGGAUAAAGGUCGUAUCCAGAAACUGGCUGCCACUUUAAGCCUGUCUGCAGGACAAAGCAUGGAACUGCGAUGUAAGGGGAGUAAUGUUACUUGGAACUACCCUUCAUAUUUAGACACCUUUAAAGACUCCAGACUCAGUAUAAAGCAGCUUGAAAGGUAUGGUCAGCUGAUCCUUGCAAACUCCACUGCAGCAGACACAGGUGAAUACAGCUGCUGGCUUCAGCUGUGCAAUGGUAACAAAUGUAGGAAGGAUGAGACUAAAACAGGCUCAACGUACAUCUUUUUCACAGACAAAGAGGAACUUUUUGUACCUACUCCCAGUUAUUUUGAGAUUGUCUACUUGAACCCAGAUAAACCUGCAGUCAUCCCAUGCCGUGUUACUACUCCUUCAGCAAAAGUAACUCUACACAGGGAAUUUCCAGCAGAAGAAAUUGAAACAGAUGGAACUGAUCUUAUUUAUGAUGCAAAAAAGGGUUUUGUCUACCAGCACCCUACUUCUGAUCAUAAGGGCGUUGUCUACUGCAAAGCAGAGUCACAGGGAGCACCUCAGAUUUCCAUCAAAUAUCACCUGCUGUAUGUGGAAGUUCCCAAGGGCCCACCCUCAGCCACACUUGCGGUGUCAUCCGAUAGAGCUGAACUCGGUGACAGUGUUCAGGUGAUCUGCACAGUCCUCGGGGAGCCAGAUGUAGAUGUGAACUUCAGGUGGCAGUACCCAGGGCGAGAGUCUGAGAGUCCUGUGAUUAUCCAAAACUUCUGGAGACUGAUAAACAGAGGAGCUGGACAUACUACAAGAAUCUCAAAGAGUGUUCUUCUUGUUGAGAAUUUUGAAGCCAAAGAUGCUGGAAACUACAUCUGUAUAGCUCAGAACCUACAAGGAGAAACAACAGUAGCUACUAAAGUUGAACUAAAUUGAUAGGAAAGACUUCUGGACCUGGACUGAACUGUAUAUUAUUUGACACUAUAGCCAUUAAUUUUCUUUAUGAAUGUUUAAAUGAAGCUUCUCUCUCACUGUUUCUUUUUAUAUGUCAAUGCAUUCCAUAUUCACUAGCUUGACAGGCCACAACAGAGUUCACUAUGCCCAGCAGUAGUUAGUUGUGAGUUAAUGAAACUACUAUGAAGCAUUGAAGUUUAAGCCUGAACACGCAUAGGGCGUGUUGUAUUUAGGAAUGGGUGCUCUUGGGCUUUCCUUUAUAUAUGGGCUUUUCCCUCAGACUCUUGCAUAAGGUCAGCCUGCUGUGUGGUGCGUGCAAUUUUAAUAAUGAGAGUACUGUACAUGUUUAAAACAACAACAAAAAACAAGCAAAAAAACCCUUUGAUACAAAAUUAACCAAUAGCAGAUGUUUAUUUUGCAAGAAAAAUUAAAUUUCUGAACAUUAUAAAAACAUAAA